AUGGCUUGUGUCAAUGUUCUGCUCGAUAAAUGUCAGUGUGCUUCUGGGAAGAGACAGACUGCGAUCUUAUACACUAUCCUGAGCCAGCAGAGAGACCUCAAGGCCUGCUGCGAGUUCUCACAUCACAGCUGCUCCUGUGAAGCCAGGCGGACGGUAUGCUUGAAGACUCCACAGGUUACGUGUCAGGCGGUGUCUGAUGUGUUGGUAAAGACAGUCAGUUUUAUGAGGAACCUCCCUUCAUUCCACCAUCUUCCCAGGGCAGACCAGUUGCUGCUGCUGGAGAGCUGCUGGCUCCCGUUGUUUCUGCUGGGAUUGGCUCAGGAGAGGGUGAGCUUCGAGGUGACAGAGACCCCGGGCCACAGCAUGCUGAAGAAGAUUUUACUGAAUGGACCAGGUCUGAUCAAGACGCAGGAAGAGGAGCGGAGGCAGCCAACACUUGCUGGUGUACAGAGAAUAAAAAUGUGUCUGAACAAAUUCUGGGGCUUGGACCUAAGCCCGAAGGAAUAUGCGUACCUGAAAGGAGCAAUCCUCUUCAACCCUGACCUGCCUGGACUCCGAGCUCCUGCCUACAUUGAGAGCCUUCAGCGGGAAGCACAGCGUGCACUGCACGAGGUCCUGGUCCCUCUGCUUCCCAGGGACAACAGCCGCUUUGCUCGGGUUUUACUCACCGUCUCCGCCUUGAAAACCAUCAGCACCAGCCUCAUCGUUGAGCUCUUCUUCAGGCCGGUGAUCGGGACAGCAAACAUGAAGGAGCUACUGCUGGACAUGCUCUAUACUCAGUGAGGAGGAAGGACCCUUGGGCCUGACUGCACCUCACCCACCCGCUGCCCAGUCUCAUCAUUCCUGUCCAUUCGCUUGCCCCCACCCUCACCUGGCUCCUCUCUCUUAACGUAAUCUUUUUGUAUUAAAUUAUUUUUUUUACCUUGAAUAAAAUUAUUUUGCUUAUUUUGAAAGACCGGACAUUUUAUUAAAGGCAGCUUUUCCGUGUCA